AUAGUAGCAAGCAAACUUUCCUAGCGCGUAACGAAGUUGUCCUAACCAUUAAUAAAUCUUAUUUUUAGGAAACGCCAGACUAUCUGGCUUAAAUUUGUGUUAUGAAAACAUUAAAGCAUUACUGAGGAACAAAAUUAAAACUAUUCGGUAAACAACCGAACGCUAUACAGGCUUACUAUAAUGAACACAACAGCAACCUUCUCUUCAGGCUCAUUGAGAUGGCUUUUAUCUUCUGUCUAUAAAUAAACCACUAGUCCUUUUAUUCCGUAGAGGACCAUGAAAUGAUAAAUGACGUUUAUUUUGCAAAUAGGAUGCAAAAAAGGCCUUGUAAUAUUUGGACAUUAAAAUAAAACUAAAUGAGUUCUACAUUUCCUACCUGCCUAUUCUAAGAAGAAACAGCGAACCAGAAUCCCUGUCUUUUAUAAUCAAUGCAGCAGUAAAAAAUUUAAAGUGCGCAUGUUUAUUCUGCGGUAGUCUAAUGAAGAAAAAACCACAAUGUUUAAGUGAAUCUAUUCUCAUGGAUUCUUAUUAAACGAUCAUUCAUGGAGCAGACGGUGUUCUACAGAAACUGUGUUCAGCAUACAAGGGAAGGAAACCGAUGUGUCUGAACUGCAACUGGUGGACCCAGCAGCCAUGCCCGGGGUAGUCACCGGAUCCAGUGGACCCGAAGACAUGACUGAUGAUCAUUAUGCGAUGUCACACCAGACUACACUAAAAUUAACUUACUUUAACUGUUUCUGACUUGCAAUGUUCAAUAUGACGAGAUGUAAUUGGAAUACAUUGAGACUCCCGAGUGCAAGUGUUCACAAACGUGUCAGGAAGGUCGAUUGAUCUCUUAACCGACUUUUUCAAAGGAGGUUCUUUAUUCGAUGACUUUUGCGUCUGUGAAUACUUAGUGCACUCGGGCACUUGUUUGGCGAAGUAAUGUCAACAUCGCCAAACUUGUGACACAUAAUCCUAUAAUGUACACGUCUGAUGUCACCGUAAUUUAAUCAUCAUCUUAUUUUAUACCUCUCUUACAAUAUUCUGUUAGUAUUUGUUUACUAUCUGUAAUUAUGAACAUAUUUCAAAUUCAGGUUCUCCAUUCGCUCAUAACAACAUUUAUUUUAAUUGAUCAUUCUCAAAACCUUAGCUUGGAUGAUGCGAGUUGUUUAAAAACAGGAUAAUUAGCUUUGAUGGUGGAGGAAAAUAUUAAGGAAACUCGUGAUGUGGUCGGUAACGCCCAGUACAUGGAAAUAACUAAUGCUACGUCGAGUGGAGGGUUUCACACAACUUGUUACUCGAGUGCUGUACUUCAGAACAAUGACAGACACUUGAACAAACAUUUGUUUUCUUCAAAGUAAAUAUCGCGCGAUGAUGCGCAGUUUAAUGGCGCAUGCUUCCACCUUAAGCCAAAAUGAGACUUAACUUGUAUAUGCUAAAUGCUUAAAUGACUUUAUAACAAGCCAAUAUAGCACCAUGGCUGUCGAUUUCUUCUCUAUAUUUACCCAUUCUUGCUAAAUUCGCAAGGUAAGUAUCAAUAUGAAAAAAGUUUGAUCAUUGCACGCCCAUAAAUGCACCCCUAUGUGACAACCCUAAUUUGAAAUAUGUUUUUGUGUGAUUGUAAGUACUAUUGAUUUUAGUGUAAUUGUAGUAUUUAAAUUAUUAAUAUGGUUGUGGUAAUCAGUAGGAAAAUGUCUGAGUAUUUGCAACGUUACAGAUUUCUAGGGAAUUUGAAAUAUGACUUAUUAGUGGUUGUCAGAUUUCACAUGAUUGUUAAAUGCUUUAGUCACGCUUGACGCGUUCAUACUUGUAUCAUGGAUGAUGGCAACUAUAUGUGAAAUUUCUCAUGUAUACUUACUCAGUGCUUUGCCGACAAGAACAGACGUAUCUUAUCGCCUGAUCCCCAGCUAUUCUUCGAUGUAUUUGAACAAUCAGCUUGGACUUACCAAAAUGUAUACUGCCUGCUUCAGUCAUGUAUAUUAUCAUGAUUUAUCAGAAUUUUUCUACUCUUAUCACAGCCAUAUCUGCAUGUAUUUUAGUGUGAAAGUGUGUAGAUUAAACUAUAUGUAUGUCGAUAUGUUUAAAUUGGCAAUCAAAAAAUUACAAAACAAAACAAAGACUAAAAAAAACAAUGAGAAAGACAAGAUCGAAAAAAAAUAAGGCACAGACAGACAUUAACACUAAUCUAAAAAAAAAAAUAACAUGGUAAAAAGAGAAUUUACUGGAAAAGUAGACUGACCAAAAAAAAGGUUGAGAAUAAAAAAAAAAUUUGAUGAAAGAAUGGGAUUUGAAGAGAACAGUUACAGGCCCAGGUAGCCAGCCAUGGCGGGACGGUGCAAGGUUUGAUGGCUGCACGGCAGUAGUUGUACAGAGGCUGAACAGUAUGUGUGUUGUAGAUAUUGCGCGCGAUACGAGCGAUACGGAAGCGGCGGAUAGCGAUGCGACCGACGCUAGCGAUGUGGAGUACGAGCCGGUGACGGAGCCCGAGGACAUCGGCCCCGUCGACGACGAUGAUACUUCUGCCAACAGCGACAACGACAUAAUAGCGACAAAGGUGAUCGAGGUGUCGGUGGGCGACGAUGGCGAGCUUCAGUUCGCGGACUCGGAGCGCACGGACUCGCACGAGAGUGACAGCGACAUUGAUCUGUACGACUACUGGAACUGUGCGCAGUGUCGCGCCGAGAACAACAACCCUCUCUAUAGAUACUGCCAUAAAUGCUUCCAGGUUCGGAAAAACUUCUUCCCGCCGAGACCGAAACGCAAACGGAACAGGCUAACGGACACGGACAAAACUGAUGAGAUUCCGCGCACACUGUCACAGGACUCCGGAGUGGACUCGCCCAUGAGCCAGGAGGUGGACGUGCCCACCAGCCAGGAGGUGGACCCCAACUUCGGUGAGGGCACGUCUGGUAACGCUAAAUCCGACCUUAGCAUAGCUCGUAGGUACCGUAAGCGCCGCGCCGAGUCUGCCGACCGACGUACCAAACGCAAACGUUUAUCGCGAACCGAUUCUGACACUGAUCUUGAUUCGGACGACGAUAGCCAAACGAAAAUCGACGUGCGACCCCUCGUUAAAACUGUUAGCGAUCCCGCGAUCACCAUUGAUGAUAAACUCCCCGUUAAGAUCACUAAAAAGGUGAUAGCGAACACUUUGAUGGACAAGUUGGAGGAUCCUAAGAACUUGUGUAUGAUUUGUAUAUCGGAGCCUAAGUCCGGGGUGUUCGUGCACGGGCGGAUAGCGCACAUCUGUUGCUGUUACAAGUGCGCCGUCAAGGUGUGGGCCAAGGCCAAGCGGUGCCCCGUCUGUAACUGUAAGGUCAGCAACGUGCUGAAGGCGGUGGUCAUGUAGGCGUCUUGAUGACCUCUGGACGAUCACUCACAAACAACUCCCAUUAUAUUAGGUCCCUAUACCAAUUCAUUUCGUGUGCAAUGUUCUUGUUGAUUAUUAAUUACCCCUAAAAUGAGCUCUACUUACGAAUUAGGAAUAACAAAAUUCAAAUUAUAUUAUUUAUAUGUUUCUUAUCGUCCACAUAGGUCGCUAGUUAGGAUUCGGAGUUGACAUAAGGCCGGGAAUUACUUUGUAAGUUGAAGGCUGAGUGGAUGGAAGAAUGAGACAAUGGUGGUCAAUUUCAGGUGAGUAUGGAAUGGUACGAAUGAAUGAGUUAUGCUGUUUGUACAUAAUGGCUGAUGGUGGCCUUAUUUGUAUGUUUUAAUAUUAAAAUAUGAUAUCGGAAUUUGUGAUAUUAUACUAUUGUCAUGCAAAACUAAAAGAUGUUACAAUUCAAUUAAUAGAUGCUUAGUUAUUCCGGUUUUUUUCCUGGCUAAUAUAACUGGAAACAUUCUUGAUAUAAUUUUGGUGCAUCUGUCAGUUUUACUGCACCAUAAUAUUAAUAUGUCGUUGGUGCAAUUCAUAUAAAUGUCUUAGAAGUCUCUUGUGCAAGUGCCAAGCACCUUGUGUGUUAGACAUAUAGAAUUAUAUUGUGUGACAUGUGUAUAUAUUUAGGAAAAAUAAUUGAUAUUAUUAAUUGUUAAGGUGUGGUCAACAAGUCAUUAUGUGUGGACAUCAUCUAUGUGAUUGAAUGUAUGUUGUAAAACGACGUCAAUUAGAUAUAAGUCUUCUAUAUACGGUAGAGAUUUCUUUAAAUACAAGCGUACUAGCUACUUCCGCGCCCAUUAAUCGUGGCGAGAUGUUUUAUAGCGUUUUCAAAUCUGGCCAGUAGUUCCUGAAAUUAAGUCGUUCAAACAAACAAAACUCUUCAGCUUCAUAUUAUAUUUUUUUUUAUAAAAAAAGGUCUGUAUUUUGAUAUCUAUCAUUUUAUUGGUUUUCAGUGUAAUAAUAAUUUAUCACUUGAUAUAUUCAAUACAGAUUUGAUUGAGAACUUCUAAUCUCACUCCAUUUUCGCAAUUGUAGCAAUUAAGAACUGGCGCCAUCUACAUAAAUUAUCUGAAAGAGGUAGUUACGUUAACAUUUUCAAGUGUAGGUGUAAUUAAAAAUGUUUAAGUUUUGCUUUUAGUUCAGUAAUUAGGUAGUUCUACCUGGAAUGUUUUCCAUCCAGGAGGUGUGAAAAUCGGCAAUUUUGUAGAUUCUGAUGUGCUCUUUUUGAUUUCCAUUUUGCACCUUUGUACGUGCGCCGCUCGCGCCACCAUAUUGGAAAUAUGACAGCUAAAAACUGUUUUUUACAACAUCUCUUUUCCUGUGCAUUUAAGAGAAAACCCUUACCUACAAAAUUAAACUACUUAAAAUUUUCUACAAUUAAUGUAUAGACAGCUUUUUUGUAAUAUAUUAUAGUUUUGGCGCCAGAGCGCCGCAAAGUACAUUCCAAGAGUAUUUAUAAAAAAAAAUUUAAACCAUGUAAAAGUAGAGAGAGUGGCACAUUUUUUAUAGUAUAGUCUUUUAUAGGUCUAAUGCUCAUGUGAUAGUGGUACACACUUUAGGAAUGGACCACAAUAUCCGGCAAGGGCCGGUAUUUCCUACGGUAACACCCACGUUUCCUACUUUAUUAUCGGACUAUUUACAAAAAUACUAAUUGAAAUGUAGUCUGGACAUUUUUCACUGUAAAAAGUUAUCCUGUAGACUGGGUCCCACUACUGGACAGAUACAUUUUCGUGCAUGGUGAAGGAAGUACACGAUUUCGGACCUAAAGUUUCAACGUCCAUGUUUCUUCGAAUGUUGCGUUGCUAUUUCAGCCACCAACCAUCCACAGCUUAACAUAUGCCUUCUAGAUCAGCUAGUUACCUUAAAUGUUACUCUGAAACUGUUCAAACAAACUUCAGUUUAUGUUCAUCUAUUACAGAAGGAAACUGACCUUAAAAUAUUUUCCAAUGAAAAAAUCUUACAUAAGUUCUUAAAUUUAAAGAAAUCUCUAUCUUUUAUAAUUUUCGAGCUAUCAAUUAAUGCCCUUAACUCUUUGUGAUAACAAUCUGAUAAUGUAGGAUCGUAAGUAGAAAGUAGAUAAGAAAAUCACGGCAAACUUAGUUAUAGUAUAUUAACUAUAUAUUUAAAUUCAUGUUCUACAUACAUUAAUAGCAAAACUUAAUAUGGAGUUAACUACCAGAGACUUUUCUUUGAAACAUUAUCAAAUUAAGUAUUUGUCUUAUGUAAUUAUCAUUAUGAUAAAGUUCAUUUCCGUUAGAGUUGUAUUUCGCCGGGACACCGUGGCGCCGCUGCCAGUCGCCGCUACCAACAAAAUGUAUACAGCUCUAUAGAGAUUUGGUGUCCGCUUGGUUGAGCAACCAGUGUGGUGGCUCGACUAGGUCAGCAACACAAAAUGUGAUUGGUCGCGCCACCACUAAUUACUAUAACCUCUUAUGGUGUCUCAUUCACUCAGCCACCUGUCCGAGGUUCAUUUGGAUACGGUCAGUGGGUUGUACCGACUAGUUUAGUAGCUUGCGGACACCAUGGCGGCGAAAAUGGUUGCGUAACCAAGUAGACACCAGGUGAGCUACUCUCACCAUGACUAUAGAGUUAUGUACAUUGUGUUGGUAGUAGGGACUGGUUACAUCGCCGUGGUGUUCCGGUGAAAUACAUCCCUUAGGUACCCGAAGGUAUGUUAGUCUGUCGGUCACACAAAGUUAAAUUACAAGCAAUAUGUUCUUCAUUACACUUCCUGUUUACAUUACAUGGGGAUUACAUAUAAGUAGACUAGGCCUAAACUGCGGUCUUCCAAUCUGUAAAUAGGUAAAAAUACCUCAUUUGCCAAGCUAUUAAUGUGUGGAACAUGUCCUAUGUAUAAAAGUGUUAGUCUCCGCUCCUGUUAUGUAAAUACUAUUUGUAAAGAGGUAGAGACGUCAACCACCGAAACAGAAAUAUUAAUAUAUUUUCAUUUUAGUUAGGGAUCUUCUAAAAUUAUAAACAGUAUCGGCUAUAUUCGUGUUAAUGCCAAAAAGAAACAUGAUGAUUAUCGUUAAAUUUUUAAAUUUAGGUUUUGUUUUUGACAUAAUAAUAUGUUGGAACACUUCAUGUGCGUAGUUUUUAGAAAACGAUUAUAAAUGUGAGGUAAUCAUGAAGUGUUUUAGGCUGAAAUUAUUCGAACGUGGUGGAACGUAAAUGAUGCGUGUUACAUUGCGUUGUGCGUGUCAGAAUCAUAUAUUAUUAAAUUAAUUCAUGGUAAAAUGUUAAAACACCCGUUAAACUGUUAAAAAUUAUUUUCAAUGGGAAUGUAAUACACUAUUUUGGUUACCAAUGUACAAUAUUCAUUUGUAUCCUUAUAGACAAUUAUUUAGUGGACUUUUUAUUCACCGUCGCGCUUUUCCUGAGUAAUUGUUGCUUCUCCCAUUGUGUUAGUGGUUAAAAGGUGUAUAUUUCAAAUAUAUUUCAUUACUGUAUAUUUAUUCUAUGUUUAGUCUGACAAUUCUAAGUCAGAAUUUUCGCGACUUCGCUGUUUAUAACUUGCAACAUUUAGCUUAGGGUAAUCUAGAUUUAUUGAUAUUCAAUUUUAUACCUACUUACGUGUAAUUAUAUGAUUGAUCUUUUAAAAUCUAACCCACCAUCCCUCCUACCGGACAGAGGAUAUUUCUUGUUACACAGUUAAAGAUUUAUUUCAAAAUAAAAAGAUAUUAGUUAUUAUUAUUAUUAAAUUGUAGAUCUCCUAUUAUUUUGUACAGAAUCUAGAUUACGAUUUUUUGUUUAAGUUUCCAAACAUGUAAUUACUUAUUCACUUUAAAAAAAAAUGAAAAAAAAUAUACGUUAUCGAAAAAGAUUAUUCGAUAUAACAAGAAAAAAAGAAUUAAUAAUAAAACCUUUUUUUUUUCAG